AUGGGCAAUAGUCAAUCUUUUCGUCAUAAACGUCAUAAACGCAAAUUAUCUAUUUCCCCCUUCUCCUCUUGCUUUUAUUCUACUGUAAAAGAAAAGGAAAGCAGUAUUUGUCGAGAUCCUUUUUUGGAAGGAUUGGUCAAUUUACUCAAUGACAAUUAUAUUUAUCGAAUAAUUGGCAGUGCGACAGAAAAAUCUCAAUUGUUAAAUGAGUUAUCUUUUCUAUCAUGGAAAUCCUAUUUUUCUUCACCAAUAAACACAAAUUUAAAAUUAGGUGGAAUUGAAGUUCUCGAAUAUGGUUGCGGUUCUGCAGAUUGGAUAAUGACAAUGGCUACUCUUUAUCCCGAAUCAAAAUUCACAGGAGUAGAUUCCUCACAAAUAUUUCCAACAAAUUGUAUGCCUUCAAAUGUAUCUUUUGUACACAUAGAUACUUGUAAAGAAUUACCAUUUGAAAAUGAUCAAUUUGAUUAUAUUUAUGUCAUGGAUUUUUUUGCAUUUAUUCCAGAAAAAAACAUUGAACAAUUAAACUUUCCUGAAUUAGUUAGAAUUUUAAAACCUGGUGGUUGGUUGGAAAUAUGCGAUUGCGAUGGAAGAGCAUUUAAGAAUAUGGUAUCUAUUACUCUAAGAAAUUGGGGAAUCCGACCUUUAUCAGCGAUAGAAAUUUUAUUAAAUUGUUACGAAAAACAUUUUGAUGAUUUUCAUAGUGAAAGUAAAGUCUUGAAAACGAAAGAAGAAUUGGUCUAUUCAACUUUCCAUCAUAUUAUUUCUCAUAUUAAACGGCCAUUAUUGGAAUUUACUAGCAUAAAUUCAGAAAAAUUUGAUGAAACUUUGGCAAAUAUAAAAAAAGAAUUUCGUGAAUGCGACAGUUCAAUUGAAUUAUGUAGAUUAUAUGCUCAAAAGAGUUUGAAUUUUAUGCAUGAAAUUUAA